GCCCGCCUGGCGCAGCCCAGCGGAGCUCGGGGCGCCGGCGCCCCGGCCAUGGCCGUGCCCGCCGCGCUGCUCAGCCCCCAUCACCUCCUCUCCUUCUGCUUCCCCGCCGCCGGCGGCCUCCUGGGCUAUGCCGACCUGGAGAAGGGCUACGAGGGCGGCGGCGACGCCGGGGACUUUAAAGAAGCCACCAGGGACCUGCUGAGCUUCAUCGACUCGGCCUCCAGCAACAUCAAGCUGGCGCUGGACAAGCCGGUGAAGUCCAAGCGGAAGGUGAACCAUCGCAAGUACCUGCAGAAGCAGAUCAAGCGCUGCACCGGCAUCAUCGCCGCAGCCCCGCCGCCGCCUCCCGCUCCUCCACCGCCCUCCGCUUCCUCCCCGCCCGCCCCUUGCCCCGCCAAGCCCCCGCCGCGCCGGGAGGGCUCGCAGGCGGCCAGCAGCCUCCAGAGCAAGAGCCUGGCCGCGCUCUUCGGGUCGCUGCAGCACGGCCCCGGGCCGGCGGGCGGCGGAGAAGCGGCGGGAGGCGGCGGCGGGGCUGCGGGAGGCGGCGGCGGGGCGGCGGCGGGCGGCCCGCGGAAGGUGCCGCUGCGGGACCGCAACCUGCCGCCCUCCUUCUUCACGGAGCCGGCGCUUCCCGCCGCCGCCCGCGGGCCGCUACCGGGCGCUAAGGAGCCGGAGAAGGGCGGCGGGGAAGCGGCUGAGUUCUUCGAGCUGCUUGGCCCCGAGUACAGCGCGCUGCUGCCCGAGCACGCCGCCCCGCAGGACGCCUUCCCCGGCGGCGCGGCCGCCCGCCUGCCCGCCGAGCUGGGCCUGGAGCACGGCCUCUACGACGCGCCGCUGCCGCUGCCCAGCGCCCAUCACCCGCUGCUGGGCGGGCUGCUCUACCCCGAGCCCUGGAGCCCGCCCGGGCCAUGCAGCCCGGGCAAGAAGGCGCCGUCGGAAGCGCUGCGCCCGCUGUACCCCGGCGGCGGGGAGCCGGCCCCCGGCGGCGGCGGCAGCAACGAGGAGCCCAGCGGGCACCUCGCGGCGGGGUUCGCUCCCUUCUUCCCCGAGUGCCCGCUGCCCCCGCCGCAGGUGCCCUACGAGUACAGCGCCGGCUUCCACCGCGCCGCCUUCCCCGGGAUGUAGGGCCGCAACGGGGCACGGGGGGGGACGGGGAACAGGGACCAGAUCUCCCGCAGCCCCCCGGCCCGAACCCGCGGCUCCCGCAGGAUUCACGCCGCGAGCCGCCUCCCCUGCGUUUUGGGGCCGCUGCGAAUAAAAUGUGAGAUGAUGGGUUCCUUCAGGUGUUUUUAUAGCGGUGACCGCCUCUCAUCAGCCCUCCUCGGGGGUCGGGGUUUGUCCGGCUGCAGGCAGACGCGGCUCGGUGUACGUGGCUUAUGCGACGUUGCAACGGGGGCAGCCGUGACCUCUUGUCCAUGAUUUCCGUCUCCCAAGUAACACUCGGCCACCUCUUGCGGUGCAUUUAGCGUUUUUCCCAGGCUCACCAGUGCUGGUGGAUGUUCAUCCGAGGACACAAAGGCGAAGAAAAGAGAUAUUACAGUGAAGCAAUGCUGCUACCAAAACUCAGCGUCCUGAGGUUGAACAGUGUCUUGCAGGAUCUUGCAGACAGCAAUUUACAGCGAUACUGAAGCGAUGGUGUAUGUUGGGGACAGAACUGUACUGUACUGCGGCGACGUGAUUCCUACAGACCGCUGGAUUCCUUCCAGGAAUGUGUCAGAGCUCGGAAAGCGCCGCGGCUCGGUCUCAUUGUGUACAGGAGAUUAUUUGAUAAUCAUUUAAGUUAUGUAAAAGAGUCUAUGAUAGGUCCUAUAAAAAUAAAGCUACACGAUAGAUCUGAGCUCUGUGGUUGUUAGUGCCGCUGACACGCAGCGUUCGAGGGGCUCUGUAAUGGUUUCUUGGCAGGAGUUGUGAGGGGCAGUGGGUUUUGUCUCCCCUGAAUCAUUUGGAAUGCCGCGGUUUAUCCGCUGUGCCCUGUGCUUGUUUGUACCGGCUGUUUCUUUAACGCGUUAGAAAGAAAGGAACGAGCCUCCGCUACAAAGCCAAGGGAUGAAAACUGUUACAGUUAUGGAAACAGAUCAAAAUGCUCGAGGUUUCCUAUUGAGCCGCAAUCCCGCGGCCUGGCUCCCCGCCAGUCCCGAAUGGAUUGUUUGUUUUUGAAACGGGAUCCACACGGGGAUCAGCCUGAGGCUUUCCCCUCUGCGGUGACAAAUCCUCAUGCCUCUAUCUCUUAGAACACAUUGUGAAAGGUAAAACGGUUUUCUUCAUUCAUCAACCCAGAUUUAACUAAUCAGAGGCCUGGGGUCAGCAUAUUGGGGUGUGUGGAGAGGGGAAGCGAGAUUAUUGGCAAUAAACCAUGAGAUAAUUUGUAUUGG